AUGUCUUCAUCAUCAAUUGAUCGUAUGUCUGGUGCAUCAACACCGACUCUUCUUGCAAUGUCAUCAUUUACAACAAAUCGAUUAAAUGAAGAACUUAGUGGUCUUAAACGUUGGCGUCAAAUGUAUGAUUCUGCAAUGAAUGAAAAAAAUGAAGAAUUACAAAAACUUCAAUUAAUUAAUCAACGACAAGCACAAACACUUAAUGAUUCAAUUGUACAAAUUGAACAACAAACUAUGACAAUUAAUUCAAUGAAACAAAAUGAAGCAUCAUUAGAAAAAAAAGUAACCAAACUUGAAGAACUUCAUCAUAUACUCAAAAAAAAUGUUGCUAAAUUAGAAAAAACUGUUUCACAAUGUGAAUUUGUUCGUGUUGAUCUUGAACGAAUGUAUGAACAUCAAGAACGAAGUGUAAAAUCACUUACUGAUCGUGUUGAUUCAACUAUUGAAGCUAAAUUACAAAAUUUACAAUCACAAUUAAAAUUAGUUGAACAACUUCAUGAACAAGCUCGUAUUGAACUUAAUAAACAAAUUCAUGAACGAACACAAGAAAAUGCUGAAACAACAGCUCAAAUUGUUGAAUUAACAACAAAACUUACAACAGCUGAAAAUGAAAUCAAUCAAUUACAAACAACAAAUACAAAUGCCCAAUCAAAAAUUAUUGAAUUAAUAGAAGAAAUAAAUAAAUAUCAACAAAUGAUUGAAUUAUUAUCAAUUGAAAAUGAUACAAAACUUACUUCAAAAAAUCAACAAAUUGAUGAUUUACAAAAACGAUUUGAUACAUUAGUAUUAAAAAUUGAUGCUAGUAAAGAUGAAAUAUUUAAUUUACAAGAAUCAAAUCAAAUUUUACAAACUCGUAUUGCUGAAAUGAAACAAAAAACAGUUGAACAUACAGAACAUCAUGAAACAGAAGUUCAAGCUUGUCAAGCUGAAAUUGAUAUUCGAGAGAAAGAGAAUGAACAAUUGCGUAUAAAAAAUAAUCAAUUAAUUGAACAAAUGACAAAUUGUGAUAAUCAAAUAGAAGAAUUAAAACAGAAAAAUCAAAUGUUAUUAAAUGAAAUAAAUGAAAUGAAUCUUAAUUUACAAAAGCAAUUAAAUGAAACACGUGAACAAUUCCAUACACAAAUUAGUGAUUAUGCUAAACAAUCGAUUGAAUAUGAUAAUCGAUUAGAACAACAAAUUGUUGAAAUUAAUGAACAAGAUAAACUUAUUAAUGAAUUAAAAAAUAAACAUAAUGAAUUAUUAGACAAAAUGGAACUUACUGAAGAAGAAAUUACACAAUUAACAAAAGAAAAUGAAGAAUUACGAACACAAAACCAUGUUUUACUUCAAGAAACAGAUGAACGUAGUGAACAAAUCAAACAAAAAGAUGUUAUUGUUGAAGCAACAAAUAUUGAAAUUGGCGAAAAAGAAAAAGAAAUUGAAGAAUUACAAAAAAAAGUCACAUCACUUGAAGAACGUCUUUCGAAAAAUCAAAAUUUACUUACAUCAUUACGUUCAUCAAUGGGUGAAAAGGAUGCAAAAAUUAAACGUCUUGAACAAGGAUCAAUAUCUCCACAAUCAACACUUCCAUCACGAUCAACAAAUGUACGUCGAACAAAUAUAAAUCAUCCAUUAGCAAAUCAACAAAAACCAAUUGCUCCUAUUCGACCACCAUUACCACCAUCAAUAUCAAUUAAUCAACAAACAAAAAUCAAUCCACGUGAAAAGCGUAUGUUACCACCAUCAGCUUCAAAUGAUUUAACAUCAACACCAAAAAAAGUUCUUCGAUUUAGUCAAACAAAAGCAGCUAUUGAUCAAGCUCAUGCUCUUGAACAAUCAAUUUCGCCAGUACCUGAUGAUGAUCGAGAUGAAGUUGCAUCAAAUACAAGUGUAGCUAGUCUAUUCGAAUAUUUAAAGAAAAUCUAA